CUGGUGGGCUGGCACGGUCUGGUUGGUCGGUUGGUUGACAGUUAGCCAUGGCUCGGCUUGCGCUGCUGCUGUUACCGGUUCUUUUUGAAUCUGUAUUUUCCAUUUCUUUCUUUUUACCGGUCAACUCAAGAAAGUGUUUACGAGAGGAAAUCCAUAAAGACGUCCUGGUGACGGGAGAGUAUGAAAUAAGCGAACAGGCGAACACGAAAACGAAUCUGAAGAUCACAGAUUCCUCCAGUCACACUCUUUACUCAAAGGAAGAUGCAACAAAAGGAAAAUUUGCAUUCACCACAGAGGACUACGACAUGUUUGAGGUUUGCUUUGAAGGAAAAUCGCCUUUGGGCUCUGGCAGAGUCCCAGACCAGUUGGUCAAUCUGGACAUGAAACACGGCGUGGAGGCCAAAAACUACGAGGAGAUUGCCAAGGUGGAGAAGUUGAAGCCUCUGGAGGUUGAGCUGAGACGACUGGAGGACCUGUCAGAGUCCAUUGUCAACGACUUUGCCUACAUGAAAAAGAGAGAGGAAGAGAUGAGGGACACCAAUGAGUCCACCAACACACGUGUGCUGUACUUUAGCAUAUUCUCCAUGUGCUGUCUCAUCGGUCUGGCUACAUGGCAGGUCUUCUACCUGCGGCGCUUCUUCAAGGCCAAGAAGCUGAUCGAGUAGAGCAGCUGUCAGCUUCUUACCUCUGAGGGGGAGGAGCUAUUCACUGCUCAGCUAACACAUCCCAACAUCCAACCCUCCUUGGACUAGCGAUAACAAACAGGAAGUGGGGCCAAGGGGAUUCAGAAUCUAGAUUUCAAGGUUAUAAGAGAGAGUCCCGAGGUUGUCCUUUGGAAAACAGAAAACAACAAGAUUCACCUGCUUAUUUAGGGAUUUGAAACAUGAAAAGCGCUGUAGGGAGAAACACAUUGUGAGACAUGGGGGACAUACGUAACACUGCAUGUGUGAGAUGUCUGUCCCCGUGAUGCUUCACCUUUCUGUCUGCACUGUUUUAAAUGUUGCAGCUCACUGAAUAAGAACUUGUUCCUUUAAUCCGUUGAACAGUGACAAUUUUGAAUUUUUGAGAUCAGUUUGAAUGGAUGUGCCAUGAGUGAAUGUCUUCCCGCUCUUCUGUUGAUGUACACAUUCUUUGCCACACCAUGCAAACCUAGAUCUUCGACCUUUUUGAUCAAGUGAAGGCUGUUUUGGGGGGAGAAACGGGGUUUAGAGGAGAUAAUUGGCAACCACUGAACUCCUUUAUUUAUGUGGCUUAAUUUGCCUCCAUCUUUGGUAGCUGAAUUGAACUGAGUCUGUAGUUUUUUUUUUUUCAUACUGUAAAUGCUUCUUUAGUUGCUUCUAAACAGUUUUUUUGGGGGGGGAGGGUUAGAGGGGGAGUUGCAAAAUCUGGGUGUAAAAUUCUAUAAGUUAUAAAUUAGGUCACUUCAAGCUCUUGCACAUUGUACUUUUGUUGUAGUAAUUCUGAAUGUUAAUUUUACACCAAUCAAAAGUAAACAAAACCAAAAACAUAAUUUUCUGCUUUUUUUUCUGGCCAACUAGUGAUGAACAGAGCUUUUAACUCCAAAUGUUAAGUGUGUUUUCAGACAGCGUACACUUUACUUAAUACCAUGUUUAGUAUAGAUUUUCACCCAUAUAACUUCCAAUUUCUAGUAGAUCUGUUCAGUGUGUUUCUGCUUCCUAAAUACUUCUGAGGCUUGGGUUACAUGAGGAUGUGGGGAGUUGCUACUGUUUUGGUUGUUUUUGGACACGGGAUAAUUGAAGCAUCUGUCAUGGGUACAUUUUUAACAAUGAACAUGGGCACACUAUGUGCAGUCAGUGAUUUUUAUGUUACCUGUUAAAUUUUGUAAAUUUAUGUUGGGCUUUUAUUCAAUAAAAUAUUGGACAAAUUUACAUUA